AUGCCCUCUUCCUCUGAUCCCAAAAUUGCUCCCGUGCUGGAUCCGGAUCAGGUGGCCGCAAGCACCGCUGCACCCGCCGUUGCGGCUGCUACGAUGCAGCCAACCGACCCGGCAGAGCCUGUCGCAGAUGAUCCCUCCAGACUCAAAUCCAGUCAAGCUCAAAAAGAAGAAGCUGGUCGCUUUGCAGAAAAGAACGACAUCUCUCCUGCUGAGGCUGCUCUCGACCACGAAGCGCAUCUCCACAAAGUGCCCAAAGCCAAAGUCGCGCCGGAACGGAUUACUGAGCUAGCCGGAACGCAACAGGAGGUGCCAGCUCCCGCACCAGGAGACCCCAAUCGUGCUAUUGAGCCCGAGCUCGACGACUUGGGAUGGAGCAGCGAGCCGACCGUGCCUAUCCCAGUGCUUCACGGCAUGAAGAAUGAAUCGCUCUGGUUGUUGGUGCGCCGAUUCAACAAGCAGACGUACCGCGUCAAAGCAAUCCAAGACACCACCAACAAGGACUUUGACAUGUACAUCAGCAACAAGGAGGAAUUCCAACCGGACAAGCUCAAGGCUACCUUUGAACGUGUCUACGUCACCGUCGUAGUCAGCACUGUGGCUUUUGUCCAGCACGUUGCACGUCUUCGUUCUUGGUCCGAGCCAAAAAGAACCGCUGGGUUCAUGGUGGCCUACGCUGCUGCUUGGUUCUUUGAUCUCCUGGUUCCUUCAACGUUACUUUUGCUCUUGGUGCUUGUUGUGUCACCACGUGCCAGAUUGACCCUCUUUCCCUCAGCUCCGCUGUCUGCUAUUGAUCCCAAGACGGGUCAGGCCAAGGUACCGUUGGCUGGUCACCUCGGUAGCAAAGACAGCUUGACCGGUGCUGCAGAGAGCUUUGAGGGAGAAGCGGUCGAACAGGAAGCGUCCAACUUUGUCGGUGCGCUCGGCUCGGUUGCACUCAGCACUGCUGCGGGAAAGUCGUCCAACCAAGGCGUCGGUUCUUCCACACAGGCCGACAGUGAUGGAGAGGAUAGUGACUCUAGCGACGAAACUUCGAAAUCGACCUCGAAGAAGCCCAAAAUGGAUGCCGAGGACAGGAUCCCGGACCCGACCAAUAUCGCCGCUCUCUCACAGGCUGCGCAGAGCAAGGCGGCAGGAGAAAAGGCAGGCAACCCGGACAAAGGCGAUCACACCAAAAAGCCCAUGGAGGAAGCAAUCUUUGCCAGCCUUGCACCGUUUAUGCACAUCCUCAACAACAUCUGCGAUGACUUUGAGAGAUUUGGAAACGCGCUCUCUCCCACGCCUCCUUUUUCACGAUGGAUGCCACGCGCUCGACUCGCUGGUGCUAUUGUGCCUCUGUUGUUGGCUUCGUUCUACGUCAACGAAACGAUGAUCUACAAGGGCACGACAUUCGGUAUGGGCUUCGCGCUGUUUGGCCAGCCUCUGAUCGACCGGGUCAAAUUCCCACAAGUUAUCGUUUGGUUGGAUCGCAAUAUUCCGGAUUGGAAAAAGUACGUCGAGCUACGCUACUACUUGCUUCGCGGCGUGCCUACGAAUGCACAGCUCACAGUGACGCUUCUGAGGAUUGGAGAGGCCAACAAGUCUCCGCUUCCACCUCCGCCGCCCGCGGUGGUAGCUCCACCACCUACUGCGCUGCACGGGUCCGACAUGGCCGAACACCCAGAUCUCCCGCUCGAGUACGCAGAGCAGCUCGCCGAUGCGCAAGCUGAUGACGUGUCGAGCCGACCUGAGGGAGAAGAUGCAUCUGCCACCGAUCCCAAUGCGGGCAAGAAGAGCAACAAAGUACUUGGUAUCCUCAAAGGCGUCACCAAAGUCGGCGUCGAAACGGCACUCGGGGUCAACCGCGUUAAAGCAACCACGAUCCAAUCCAUGCACGCCAAAACCAAGCUCGGCGUAGUUCAGUCGGAAGAAGCGUCGAAAAAAUAUGCCUCGGACGGUCCCGUGCGCUUCCAAGCGAGGUACAAAGGCAAGAAAGGCCACAUCUACAUCCUCACCACCGCUGCCACGCCCAAUGUCGCUUUCGAACGCAAAGGAAACGCCAGCCCCGUGCACGCUGCUGCUGCUGCUGCUACCAAAGGCAGCUCAGUCACAAGUGCCGCCGAAACGGCGCAGAGGUUGGUGCAGCAAAAGGGAGCUGCUUUCUCCAUCGCUAUCGAUGAGAUCAAGGAGAUUCACAAGGUUGGUGGACUGGGCUGGAAGGGCAAGCUCGUCGUAGGUUGGGCCUUGGGUGGCGAAGUUGCAGAUGGUAUUGAGAUUGUGGAUAAGCAGGAUAACGUGUACAAGUUGACCGCGAUGGGUAGGAGGGACGAAGUGUUCAACAGACUCAUUUCGCUCGGUAAGCAGAAGUGGGAGGCAUUUUGA